CGUGUGUCCAUGCACAUGUUGACACUCGGUAAGUGAGGAGAGAGAGUGAGCGCAGAUAGGGAGCUGAUCUUUGGGGUAGAGUAGACGAUAUCGUCGGGAAGGGUUUACGUUGUUUGCACAGGUGCCCUGAAGUUGAGUCAUGCAGUCUACAGAAUCUAUUUCCUCUCAGCCAUCACAGGAUUCACUAAGCUACAAGAAUAAUUUAUUGUUCAGUGAUGAUGAAACGGAUGUUUUUCUUUUGGAGGACAGGGACAAGUCCCAUGGAAUUCAUUCAACUCAGUCAUGUCGCUCUAACGGCAAUGCUUACAGUAUGAACAUGGAGCAGGAGCAUCCUGGAUCUCAGUGGGCAUGUGAUGGGUUCAUUGUGUCUAGUGACCCUGAGAGGUCACAGGACAACAGUCAUGCUAGGUCAACAUCUUCAUCCAUCUCAUCAUAUCUGUCUCUCUCCUCAUCAUCUUUGUCUGUAUUUGGAUGGAAUAGCUCAGAAUGUGAGCAAGGGAAGAAUGAAGGAACUGAAGGUGACCUGCUGUUUGCUCGUAAGUGUUUAGAACUCCAGGGAUAUGUUCAGCCUUUGCUGGAGCUUCUUAUUGGACUAAAGAAAGGGCGAUUUGACAAAGGUCUGAGCAGUUUUCAGCAGAGUGUUGCAAUGGACAGAAUUCAGAGGAUUGUAGGAGUCCUGCAGAAACCGCAUAUUGGAGAGAAGUACUUACCUACUUUGCUGCAGAUAGAGGUGAUGCUAAAGCUUUGGUUCCCUCAAGUUACUGCUCAAGUUUCUGUGACACCUAACCCUGCUGACCUUACACCUCAAAACAUUUCUACCAAUGGCAUCAGCAAUAUCACUCCUCCACACAAGCACAAAGACCAAUUGCAUAUUCCAGUCAAGAAGCGAAGAUUGAGCUGGUCAGACACAGAUUCACCCUCUUCUUCACCUCACAUGGUGUGUAAAAUCUCCAAACUUGAAUGCUGUGAAGAGCAACAUCAAUGGCCACCCUCUUCUCUUUUCUCAAAGAUGAACAAAUCAGUCAGGCAAUUUGGUGAAACCCUGGAGAACAAGGCUAUCCGGUGGUCCGGUUCAAGACUGACAUGGAUGCACGUUGCGCCCAUUUUUUCCCCACCUAAAUCUGGUCCCUCUCAUAAUGGUGGAAUGGCAAAAGAAAGAGGAAGCAGAAAUAUCCUCCUUCCAGUUUCCCCUCUCACCAGCAGGAGCAGUCCAGCAAUGCAGGACAGCUUUGUCUCUUCCACUACACAUUUUUCAGAGCCAACUAAAUACCAGUUCCAGUCUGUAAGUUUAGGGACAGCAAGUCCUCUGCAGGAGUAUGUCCAAACUCCACCAAUCACAAUGAAGCCUUCAAACCUUGUACAGCAAACCGCUAUACAAACCUAAUGCAAAAAAGCACAAUCAAAAAGAAAGUCUUCUCAGUGUCGGAUAAGAAUUGAAGUAUAGGAUUUAUUGAAGGUUGUUUAAAAAAGAAUUGCAAAAACUCAACAUUGCAAGACUUGAAUUUUAUAUUGAUUGGGUUGAAAAUUUGGCUCUUUUGAACUUGAAAAGAAAAUAACCUAAAUUUAAUGUGAAAUAGAUUUAGUCAGUCAAACAGAUAGCCCUGCCCCAGAAUUGUGACAUUGGUUGUCCUGAACAAGAUGCUUAAACACUUUUGCCCAUCUGAGCCACAGUUUUGUCAUGACAGUAAACGUCCAGAAAAAAAUAUACAUUUCGUCAGAGAAAUGUGAAUUAGCUUGUGGAUGUGCCGUUUAAUCUGAGGGACGUUAUAGUCAUUGACUAUGCUUUAAUUAUAAAACAAGGUUUUAAAUUAAGACCGCAAUCAUUUUAAUAAAGGGUUAAACACAAUCUCAAGCAAGUGUUAGGCAUAUGAAAUUAAAUGUUUACUUUUUGCUGUAUUUUGUUUUCUAUUGAAUUUCUACUGAAAAUGCUGAGAAUUACAUUUGUUUUAAUUACAGUUUGAAAAAGCUGCUAGUAGGCAAUAUAGUUCUGGUGUGAAAGGUCCUUUUUGUAGCUCUGAGGGAGAAUGUAGCAGCAGCAUAACUGACUUUUCAAUAUGUGAUAUAUUGUGAAUUUAUGAAUGGGUUGUAACAGAAGUUGUUACAGUUUUAUUUACUGCAUUUUAUAAAGGCAGUCAAUUUACCCCACCCUAGUGCACAUAGCUCCCACUGGUUUGGGUGGUUUAUGGAGACCCAAUUUAGUGAAAUUAGAAAAAAAAAAAAAAAUCAGUAAUAGGUAGGUUUAGGUGUAUGGUUGGUGUUUUAGGCUGAUAGAAAAUACAGUUUGUAUAGUAUAAAAAGUGAGUGAGUGAGUGAGUGAGAGUAUUUUUAAAUUAAAAUUAACCAUUUGAUUUAUUUGCUGUAUAAUAUUUGUGACAACACAUCAAACUGGGCAAACUAACCACAGCUACUAUACACAUUAUGUUAGCAUGUCUAAAUAAGCAAUGUCAGAUGGUCCAUGAUGGCCAUAUGAUUCUCAGCAUCAUAUUAUGUAGGAAAUUAUGUAAUGCCUAGGUUGAAAGAGAAAAGAACAUUUUGAUGGAAGACCUCACAGAUGAGAAUUUAAGUGCUUGAAUGUUGAGUGAUAUUAGACAUCUAAACAUGUCAGAAACAAGGACAAAAUCAUCAUAAAUAGUACUAAUAUGGCAACCUUUAUUUAUUCAAUUGUUGAUUUCAACAGUUAUUUAUAAAUAUUUGUAUAUGUAUUUAUUAUUAUGGCAGCUGAGUUCAUGGAGUAUUUAUUCAAACGUCAGGUUUUUGCCAUGGAAUUGCUGUGUGGGAAAAAAAAAGAAGGAAAUCUGAAAUUGGGAAACCUGUGCCUUUUUUCUAGGAACAAUAUUAAUAUUCUAAUUCAUGUUCGUAUUUGUUGUGUAUUUUUAUCAAAUGGUUCAAAACAAAAUCUCAAAAUAGAAAACUGCACUUGGAUACAAUAACAAUUUACCACUAACUGAACGGUAAAGUACAGUAAUUAAUAUAACCAAGAACAAAUAUUUCAAUUUGAAAUGGUCAUAUAAAUAUUCAAAGAGAACAUGUAUUUUUUGACUAGUCGCUUCAACACAGUUGUGAUGCAUCCAGGAACCUUGUGGGUGCAUUGAUUUAUGCAUCAGUUCAUUUAUUAAAAAAAAAAAAAGAAGAAAAUAAAAAUUAUUUAGUAAACAAGGUAAUAAUAAGGGACAAAAAAUGCAAUUUUACAAUUUUACAUAUAUGAAUAAAUAAAUUGCUUAAAGUCCAGGUGUCCCUAACAAUAGAAAUUUUUACCAUGUUGAAAAUCCGAACUGAUAUCUGCGUCAGCUUUGUUAUAUGUAUUUGACUUUUUUACAUAAUGAUUUUGUAGAAAUUGGUUGCACUUACUUUAAUUUUAUUUUGUCAUGUUUUAUACUGUAUUGGUUAAGACCAAGAACAAUGAUAAUAAAGGAUGUAUAAUGGUUGUUUAAUCUGUCUUUUAUAAAACUAUUGUAACACACCACACACUGGAAAUCUUUCUACUGUCUGUCCUUAUUUCCAUUCUCUCUGUCAUUUUAUUUAUUUAUUUAGUGCUUUAUACAAAACAGACUGUGUUAAAGAAGCUUUUUCUCUUUGUCCUCCACCUGUUUUUCUCUUCUUCAUGGUGUACGUUUAUUCUUAUCUUCUCUGUUUUUUACUGUUAUUCAUGUUUUUCCAAAAAAACGAGCAUUUUAAUAAACGUUAAGCAUUUUAA